UGCAGUCCACAGACCACACAGAUAGUGUAGCCCAAAAAGUUCUCCUCGCCUUAUCAGAUCGGAGCCUGGCGGGCAAACCACCACAUUUUUGCGCUUUUCCGCCCUGGCAUCAGCUUCACAGCCCGUCAGCCUUUGAACGAAGCAACGAACGCCUCUAAUUCCAUAUCCAGAACCGAGAGCUUCUUUUUGUCCAACACCCCCGGCCAAAAGACAAGAUCACGCACGGAACAACCAUUCCCGGCUGUAUUUGUCCGGCAAGCAAGCAUCUCCGGCGCCAGCGAGGGUGGGCUGUGGGCUGUGGCAGCCAUGGCGUCCACUGUAACAGCCGCCAACAGCCAUGGAAGCGUCCUGCGUACCCAUACCGCCCCCUCCUCCAGGCAGCUCGCCGGUUGGAGCAGCAGGCGCACGCUUGCCAUGCCUGCACACCACGCGCCGUCACCCAGAGCUCGGGUCGUCGCCGUCCGAGCCGCCGGCACCCAGCGGCCGACCUGGUUGCCCGGACUGGACCCGCCUCCUCACCUCGACGGCACACUACCAGGUGACUUCGGCUUCGAUCCCUUGGGCCUCGGCGAGGAUCCGGCAAGCUUGAAGUGGUACGUUCAGGCCGAGCUCGUGCACUGCCGGUUCGCUAUGGCAGGGGUCGCCGGCAUCCUUUUCACUGACUUGCUCCGUGUAUCAGGGAACAGCGACCUCCCCGUGUGGUUUGAAGCAGGUGCGGCGAAAUUCGAAUUCGCAAACACCACGGCGCUCUUCUUCGUUCAGCUUCUCUUGAUGGGGUUCGCUGAAACCAAGAGGUACAUGGACUUCAAAAAUCCAGGAUCACAAGCAGAGGAAGGAACGUUCAUAGGGUUAGAGGCUGCACUUGCAGGUCAACAGCCAGGCUACCCUGGAGGCCCUCUGUUUAAUCCACUAGGACUUGCGAAGGAUAUAGAGAAUGCUCAUGAAGAGAAGCUCAAAGAAAUCAAGAAUGGGAGGUUGGCAAUGGUAGCCAUGCUUGGCUUCAUGGUGCAAGCAUCCGUAACUCAUGCCGGCCCCAUCGACAAUCUUUUGACACACCUUUCGGACCCGUUCAACAAAAAUAUCAUUCACGCAUUCUCCUCUUCCUAAGUACUCGUCCCAACUCCCAAAACCUUUCUUUUCACUGUCCAGUGCUAUGGCACAAAAAUGUCACAAUGUUUGCUAACAGGAGGUGGCCUUUGUUAGCUUUGCUCUUUGCAAAGUUUUCUCUCAUGAAAAUUGAAUAAAAGCUUCAAUAGCUGACGAACUGUGUAUUAAUAGCUCAUGGUAGGGGGGAGGGAAGACAAGGAAAUACAGCUUAUCAUUCUUUGCGAUUGAUCA